GUGAUUAUCGUAGUCAGUCGGUCGCAGACAUUGAUCGCGCUCGGAUCGUGCUUGAAUUUCGAACGAACAAGUAGAACUGCUCACGGUUUUAUGCCGCUGCCGCGCUAAGAAUUUCUCUCACGAACUUUUGUUUUAUCUCGCGCUACUGCUGCUAGAACUUGAACUAGACGAGAAGGUGCUUAUCGUUAUCUGAACCAAUUAACAGUCGAUCGUGAAAGUGAGUCCACUCCCCAAGUGUGUUUUGGUUUCAACUUUGCCUAACUGAUCAUUCCCGGGUGUCAUCCGCCCUAAGUUAGUUGCCCGCCUUAGGAGAAUCAACGGAACUGCCAAGUUCCCAGAACAAAGACUCUUCCGGCACAAAUCUCGAGGCGUAGAGGAGAACUUACGUAAGUGCGAGUGCUAUAGCAACAACAACAACCGCCCGCCUGACUGAGAAGGUGGCCCAUGUGGGUAGUGAUCGACGACCACCUUACUGAUCUCAGCAGAUCUCGGUCAUUUUUGUUGUUCUGUAAUUCUCCGGCCGCGCCACUUCAAGCUGACGUUCAAAAAACUUUGUAUUUGAUGACUUCACGAUAGCCAGCAACCGAUCCGUCAAACGUUGGAAGAUGGGAAACUCUCUGUGCAAGGAAUCGAACAGUUCACUCCACCCGGGCCGAGUUUUUGACAACUUUGGCAGUAUGCUUUGUCCAAACGGUUUGGGAAGUCAAAAAACUGGAAUCAAGAAAACAUACUUGAAUCGACAUGUGCUCGAAACUGGUCAAAAAUCCAACACUAUGACCAGCUGGCGGAGUACAACGCUGAGCUCAUCGGAUGGUAACGACGUCGUCAGCACACCUCCGGUGGCACCGCCGCGAAAAAAGCGCGCAACUUUGGAACGGAAUAGUUCACCGACGGUGGCGGUGUUGAAUGUUAAAAAUGGCUUCAAAGAAGUAUUCGCUCCGGAUAGCCGCCGUCCGUCGGCCAACGUACCGGAAACCACGGCGGAAGUGUUGCAACGAGCCAGUUCCCAGUCGCCAACCUUUGAAAUCGAUGCCGGCAACGAUGCGUUCAGCGACUUUUCCAAAGUACCAACGAAAGCCGAACUCGACACGUCGAAAAGCGAAACUACUAACUCCAAAUUGACCAACACUGGAAACAAAAAGUCAGACAAAUUUUUCGGUGUAAAUUUGUCCGAUACACUAACCAUCGAACCGAAGCCAACUCGCAGGAGAAAUUCCAAGCUGAAUACGGAUGAACUGGACAAAAUUGACCAGUUCAUUGAAAAGAAUACGGUGUCUCAGAACAACAGAGUACCGGUUAUUGAGGUCACGUCUGUUGAAGAGAAACUUGGAAACGGUCAUAUUUUAAAUCAUCAAAAGGAAGUAGACUUGGCCGUCGAGGAGGGCGUUAAAGAUAAAGAAAACGAGGAAAGUUUGUUACGAUUUAUUGAUCAAACUGUAGGCAAGGAGACUAGUUUGGGAAAAAAGGCCGAGUUCUUGAUGGCUAUGUUGGAAGAUUAUCCGGAAGAUCGUUAUUUGGGCAUGACUCCAGUCGAAGAACCUGUAAUUGUUCCUAGAAAACGCAAGAGCCGUCACAUUUGUGAUGAUGAUCAUCAUAUGCACAACCGCGUGCACAAUACCAGUGAAUCCUCUAUGAACCUGAUCACAACAGAAGCUUCGAUCGAAACGCCCCCAAGAAAACCGAACAGAGACUUCAGCAGAUAUCUAGCUGCUAUGGAUGCCUGCAGUGACUCUGACGAUUCCUGUACCGGACCCAUUCGUAGACCUCGGACACCGACUCGUAACAUGUUGGUCGCUCCUCCAUCUCCACCUAAGUUGGUGAAGAGUCACUCGGAAAAACAAUUCAAGAACCAUAUAAAAGAAGACGCUACGAGUACUCCAAAAAAGAAAACAAGUCCGGAAAGCACAAAAGCUCAUACGCCACGUACACUUAAACGAAUCAUCUCGAUGCCCUCGACAGUUCAACUAGAUGUUGGUACCGAAUCUCGCAGUACAACUCCUCAGCCUCAGCUGCUGAAAAGUAGUAGCUCCAGUUCGUUUCUCAUGAAAGACCUUUCGAAGGCGCACAUAAGUGUGGGCCGAUUUACCCCCGAAGACCAUUCACACAACGCAGCUGACGAAUUAGUCAAGCCAAAGUCACGCCUGGCAGUCCGUAAAAUAUCCACAAAAUCGAUCGAUAGCUUACCCUCAACCCCAACGCCAACGGUUGAAGUUAGUCUACCAAAGUUCACCAUCGGCACCAAGGAAGUCGUAAGAACCAACUCGGAAAGCCUGGAACCACCGGCAGUUCCUAAGCGUAGAAAGUCCUCCGGCAAUGAUCUGAAGCAAGAUCCACUGUUCCAUCCCGUUUCGCAAUCAAGACCCCUGCCCAAGGAAAUUCUCGGUUACGACUUGGGAGCCUUCCUUGAAGCAUCCAAAGUUCUGCACCAUCACGACAUAACCAACGUCAUCGAAAAUGUCUACAAUGCUACGGACAGCGAGGAGAACAUCAUUCGAGAGUUUCAAGAGUAUUUGGUCGAUCAAAUCAACGCUGAAGUUAACAGUCCCAAUCCUCAGAACCCAAAUACCACCAAACUGUUACAAGCUUUGGACGACCGGAAGGAUGAAGAAAAGCUUGAUAACGUGAGCAUAGAGUUGGUACCAUCGGAGCAUUCGAUUAAAUCGAACAACUCCGAUAUCGACGAUUGUUUCGAUCAGGAAUUCGAAAAAAUAGAAAAAACUGAAGUGAGCGAUAAGUUGGGUGAAAUUGUGGAGAUCAAACCUCAAACUUUCCGAAAAGGUCGCCGCGAAAGCAUCGACGAUAUGACGGAUUGGUUCGAGAGCGGCUCUGAAGUCGGAUCGGCCAUCGAAGACGAUGAUAAACUUGGAAAAAUGGUUAGCGUUAAGAGUGUCACCAACUCACGGCUAACUUCUAGACGGGAGAGUAUCGAAGACGUAGACAGUUGGUUUAAACACCACAACGAUGCGCUUCCGGGUGAGGAAGAAAUCAUGGGCACUCGAAGACAGCGUCGUGGAUCGGAUGGUUUCCUGGCGUACGAUACCAGCAGACAGUAUCCGUUCGGGGUUGUUCAGCACCGUCGUGAGUCGCUUUCCGCGGAUAUGUUCGAAGACAUUACCAAAUUACACGAAAUGGGUGUAAGCAAAGAUAACCCUUCCUCGCCAACUGUGAAAAAUCUGAGACUACAAGAGAGACGGGGAUCGGAUGGACUUGUUUGCUACGAUACAACCAAAAAGUUUCCCUUCGGUGAACCCAACUUAGAACUACCCAAGGCACUGGAAGCUUUGAAAAAUAAAGAACCCAAUAAUGAACCCAAAACCCCACCAUCAUUGGAAAAGAUGGACGAAACUUCUAAGAAAGAUUCAGAUGUAAACAACAGAGAUAAAACCCCAGAAAUCAAAGCUAAGGAGGAAGAUCCACUGAAGCAAACUAACAACGAACACAAGGAUAUUCCUGCAACGAAAGCUAACAACGAAGAAGCGGACACUAACGGAAUAGAUACUAAGAAAGGGAAGAAUGACCACAGCACACUGCUGAAGUUCUUGUCGAAGGAAAAUCUUAUUGAAUAAAAGUUGAUUAUUCACUUGAAUAGCUAGAAAUUGGGUCAGAAGAGUCAGUAUUAUUGUAAAGAAUUGCAACACAAUAGCUACCGAAGGUUAGUCACUAGAAUGUAGAACUUAACUAUUAAUGAAAACUUACCAUUGUCCUUUGUUUGCCAUUUUUAAAAUGGAAGAAGUGUCUAAUAAAUAUCAAUGAAUGAA